UACCGAACGCUCUUUCCGCAGUUCUUUGCGCAGCAUCAUCCGAUCGAAGCACAGACCCCUUGCUAUCGUCAGGCGCGUUUUUAUACAGUGCAGCUUGCAGUACUGCUGAUCGACUAGUGUGAUUGUGAACACGACGUAGCCGUCUGCGCGACACUUCCGCAAUCGGACGAUCGGCGCACACGCACACACGUCUGCAGUGGUGGGUGAUCAGUGUUCGAGAGCAAGCAGAGUCAAGCCCCGAGGAGAGCAGAAUGAGGACGAGCGGGCGCGCAGCGAGCUUGCCGCUUGCACUCCUGCUUGUGUGCUGCGUCGCGCGUGCUCGCGGCUCGGCCAUUCCCAUGUGGGAGUUCCUCACCAGAGAGGAGAAGAUGAGUCACCUCUACCGGGUCUUCGGCCAAGAAGUAGCGCAAUACUGCGCUGACUCGACGAUGCCCGACUGUAACAAGAAUCUGCUGGUCGCCGGCUUGAAAAAUCUGGUGGACCUCAGCGACGACAAGCUCGACGAGAUGGACCCGUACCAGCGUGGCGCCAAAGAUAUAAUCUGGCGAGCCGUGCUCGGCAAUAACGGGCAGACGGCCUCGAGCCUUGGUCAGCACUCUUUCCACCACACCGAGCAAGCUGAUCCCCUAGCCGUGGGUGACAACGAGCUGACCCAGGAGAGCUCCUCGAGCCACGACUACGUGCAGCCGGCGGACCACGGCGGGCCGUAUCUGACGGGCCCGAUGGUGAUCCGCGUGUACCCGGACGGUCGGCCGGUCGGCGGCGACGCCAAGCAAGCGCUGCCCAAGGACGAGGACGCGGACGAGAUCCGCCUCGACACUCCGCUGCCGCUGAUCCACGAGCUGGAGCUCUCGAAGAAGGCCGAGCAGCACGAGCUUGCCACGGAAAUGCUGCCACCCCGAAAGAACCCGAGAGCAGUGCUGUUCCGUCGACUGCCGGCGCCGGCGCCGGCGCCCUGGUUCUUCGCUCCUCGCCUGUCUCGACCGAACAAUCUGCUGAUUCGCGAAAGACUUUACUGAGUCCUAGUCGAGGGAUCCUUCACUCCGAGCAAAGACUGAAUCGAGCUUAAUUAGACGAACGCCGCCGGCUGUCGACUAUCGAGCCGCACGCAUGGCAGUUUCUGCGGCGUUAGAAUGAAAGAACGACGAGACGUGCCGCCGCGCAAAAGGGGGAGAGGAAAAAACUUUCGCGUGCACGGGACAGGAGACAAUGGGCCGUAUCAGUGCGCCGUGGCGCAGAGCUGAGAAAGAGCGAGAGCCGAGCCGGCUGAAGCGAGAUGAAGGAGCGCGGACCGUUGCACGACCGCGGCAUACUUGAUGCGUGUGCAGCGUGAAAGUUGCGCGCUCGCUCGCCGGAGAGCGGAGAAAGACCGUCGGCCUGCAGCUCAUUUUCAAUUCAAUCUCGUGCUCAUCGAAGUGCGCCGCCACGAGCCCGUUUCUUUUCCACACGCGAGCCUCCUGCGUUCAUUUAUAAUAUCCACUCGUAGCAAACUUUUCUCUUCUCCGGCCGCUCUUUGCGCGCAAGCUCGAGCAUCGUUCUUAGCCUUAUUUUAGCUUAUUUCUUUUUUAUUUAUAACUCGACCUCUUGUAAAUAUCACACGGUUCAUUGUAAAUAACUUAUAUCGCUUAUCAUUCGUGUUUGUUUGUUUGUUUUUUCUCUUGUUGCGAACGACUUGCGAGUGUGUCAGAGUCGGAAGCGUGCUGUCCGAUAAAUUUCUACGUCGCAAUAACAUUGCGUUGCUGUUCGGUUUCAUUAUAUUAAGCGCUCGAGUCGGCAUUCAACCUCGAGCAAACCAAACAAAUUCCACAAAAACGCCGUGUCAUUUACACGUGCGCGCUGUUAUUUCGGUUCAUUUUCUGUUAAUAUUACUGCGAGUUUGACGUUAUGUAUUUUUAUAUUGCUACUCAAUUUCUAUCUCAACAACAAAACAUCUUGGUUCCCGCUAUAUUUUUAUCAAUCUAUUCGCGGAUUACGACACCUGAUCGCUAACUUAUAAACAAUCACCACGCCUAACUUUAUCUUCGGAUUCCGUCUUUUCGUACGUGAUAAAAGUUCAGAUGUAUUAUUAGUUUUAGUUGUUUCUUAUGACUUGUUUCUGCUAACUUGUAAAAUACUUUGUGUGAGCGAGUUUCGUAAAGUUAUAGCGCAUUGUCAGCUAGCUACGAAAAAACAUUAUAUAAUUAAGUUAUUCAAAUCGACAAAAAUUAU